AUGUCGGAAACGCCUUCCAUCAGGAUCUCCGAGCACCAGCACUCGUGCUCCCAACGAUCACCCCGCUAUCCCACCUUCUCCGCCGCCGCCGCAGAUUCAAUGGCAAUCCCGAGGGCGGAAGACCCAGUGCCGCCGCCGCUGCCUCCGCCGACCCAGAUACCCGAAAUGGCUGCAGGGCAAGACCCGGGCUGGCAGUGGGGACAGGACUCGACAGACUUUGGACGGCCUGCAGCGGUAAGGCAUGGUAGCAGUCUGCUGGGAGCGAAGAGCGGGAGACAAGAUAUGGACCGUGAAUAUCCACCGUAUCAUGCCGGCGACCAUGUGCGGAGGGGGAGUUCCAUCUCCACUAUCACCGUAAACCGAGAAUACGAGGCGCAAGACGGUAGUCUGACCCCGAGCGACGAUGGCGGCAGAGCCACUGCAAAUUACAGACUUCACGGCGAACGUCAACUUGAGCAGCGGACCUUGGAGCAUUCGUCGAACAACUACGACAAGCACCUGCUUAGUCGUAUUGGCGGUCCCAACGGACCCAACACGCCCAAGCGAGCCUCAGUCUCAAGCAUUCCGGCCAGUGUACAGGAGACUGCCCAGCUUGCCCACGCCGAGAGUGAACGGUGGACUGGACAGUUGAGGCCUCUCUCAAUGCCCGAAUAUCGCCAGUCCUCUUUGGACUCGCCUGCUGCCACACGUUGGCCAUCAUCAGGCGCAAUCUCUCCCGGGUAUACCGGCUCAUUUUUCGAACACGCCCCAAACGAUCAUAGUCGCAACCACAGCAUCGCAUCACGGCACGCUAGUCUUACGUUCGAAGACAGCAUUUCGCAACGGGGCAGCUAUGACCAGGCCAUGUUCUCUCACGGGGCCACGAAUGAGGAAAGUCCCAUGAGUAAACUGCACUUGCACAACCGGAGCCCGGGCUCUGAUGAUCUUCAUGGCGUGAGGGCUGGAAUGAAGCGCCGUGCAGACUCUCCGCCCAGGGAGCCGGCCAGGGAGGAGCGGACGUCCAUCAGCAGCACCUCGGGGUUGCAUGAGAUGUAUCACCGACGGUCUAUGCAGCACCUGCCUUCUGGCCCGGUGAACAGACAUCACUCAUCAUUGUCGUCGGCCUCUUCUUACGGACCACGCCACGGUUCAUUGGGUUCUUCUCUAGGUGUCGCCAGUCUCUCUGGUAGUGCAACAAGCUAUGGGUCGGGAAGAGUCUCUCCCAGCGGUUUAUCGCCAGCAUUUGAUCCCGAGCUUAGAACGAGUAGCGCGGGGCGCACUUCUAGUAAUGGCACUCACUCGAUUCCGAGUACAGCCCAACGGGUGCUGCCGGAGGGUAAUCAGGGCGCCCAGCAAGAACAUGCCCCAGAGAGCGGGCCGCAUUCACGUACCGGCAGUGUUGGCAAUAGCCAAGGUGCACAUGCAUGUGAAUGCUGUCCCAAAAAGCCGAAGAAAUUCGACACCAUCGAGGAGUUGWGGAUGCAUGAAUCGGAGAAGCAAUACACUUGUGCAUAUUGUCCGAAUCGCUUCAAAAACAAGAACGAAGCUGAKCGACAUCAGAAUUCCCUUCAUCUCCGUCGGCAUAGUUGGAGCUGCGCCGUUCUUGCAGGUGUUGAAGCUGCAUUCCACGCAUCUCAGACUGCGAGUGGUACCGAUUUGUGUGGCUACUGCGGCGAAGAGUUUGCAAACCCACCACAAUGGGAUGUUCGCGCGGAGCAUCUCAACCAGGUCCACAAAUUCGGAGAGUGUAACCAGGCGAAGAAGUUCUUCCGCGCCGAUCACUUUCGACAACACCUGAAGCAUUCCCACCAAGGAACGUCCGGCAAAUGGACGAACCAAUUGGAGAUUGCGUGUAUGAAGGACGAACCGAUGCCAGAGAAGCGUGCGGUCAAAGGUCCUCAAGACCCACCAACGCUGGUGGUAGACACCACCGGGCUUACCUCUACGGGUAGUAGCUGA